AUGUAUCUACCUCUACAUAAUGCGUCCGAAAAAAAAUAUUUCAUCAAAAUCCCCAUCAAGAAGUUGGGAUUAUUCACAGUUUCAUUGCCGUUGUUUGCAUUCAUAGCAUGUGUUUUAAUAACGCUAUAUAAAGAUUUCGAAAAGGCAAAUAAUACGCAUUGUAAAGUUUCCAAUAUUUUCCCAUCGAUUUCUGCAUCUAUAGGCAACUAUGAACCUCAACGCACAAUAUGGAAAGUUGCUAUUUACAGUCAUGCUCCAUUAAGGAUUGACUCACUGGACUUCUUCCAAUUAUUACCCAUAUCA